AUACUGGAGACAGUAGCUUCUGGUGCCACCCCCAUGCCCUGUCAGAGAUAUUGCCAGGGAUGGCUAGUAAGCAGGAAAAGAAGUAUCCUGCCUAUAUCAAUGUGUGACAUUUUUGUGAUCUGGGGGCAGGCACCUCAGAAAAGACCUCUGCACUGCAGCUGGCUGAUGGAUGAUUUUCCACUGUUGAUAAUUCAUCUUGGUAGCCAAAAGCCUGGACUGUCCCCUCUGAGAAUGCAGCUACACAUAAAAGGCAUGAGGAACUCAUUGGACUACAUUAAUUAUUUACACUUCAGUGUGAAUCCAUUCAUUCCACAAAUAUCGAGCAUCUACUAUGUGUCAGUCACCUGGAAAAGAGUAUUGAACAAAACAGACAGAGAUCUCUGCCUUCCUGGACAUUAUAUUCUAGUGGUGGGGGACACAGAAAAUAAACAUGAUAACUAGGUAAAUUAUACAGUUGGUUAGAAGGUGGUAAUUGUUGCCUCUCCCCCAACAGAUAAAUAUAUAAAUAUAACUCAACCAAAUGUAGGGUAGGUGGGGUUGGGAGUGCUGGGGGGAGGAGAGAGGGACCAGACAGGGAAUUUGGCUAUAGUUUUAGACAGGGUAGUCAGAGAAGGCCUCCUUGAGAAGUUAGGGUCUGAAAAAGACUUAAAAAUAAAAAUUCAGAGAGCUUUGCAGAUGUCCAAGGGGAAGAGCAUUGCAGGCCACAAAGGCAGCUGGAGCAAAAGUCCUGAGACAAGAGCAGAGCUGGCAAUCUGGAGGCACAGCAAGCAGCCCCACGGCCAGAGGGUUAGUGAUGGAGGUAGAGAGGUAUAAUAUGGAGUGCUUCUGACCAUCUGGGGCCUCCUUUGGCUUGGCCCUGGGUGGGAUGAGGGUGGUGUGCAGGGUUCUGAGCAGGGGGCACAGAGGUCUGCUGUUGGGACUUGUAUGCACACAAGUGAGGAGGCUGUUACAGAUAUCCCGGGAAGGGAGGCUCAGGCCAAGAAGGCGGAAGUGGAUUCUAGUUGCUUUUGGAAGGGGGAGCUAACAGAAUUUGCUGAUAGAUUGGUGAGGGUGCAGGAGAAACUGGGUCAAGGAUGAUCUUACUAGCCACUUCCUGACACAAAUUCUGAUCAGCCGAGACUCUGGGGAAGAUGCAUGAGUGCUCUGUCAUGGGAGGAUGGGAGGCAAGGAGGGAGGAAAAGUGGUGUGUAGAGGGGAGGCUGAGGGUCUCCAACCAUAUUCCCAUCUCUUUAACCUUAGCCAGACUCUGCCCAAAUCCCAGGCUCUAGGGUCCCUGGAGUUGUGGGGGUUGGGGGACUGGAUCCCCACUGGGAAAUGAUCAGUGUCCUUGAGUAAGCCAGGUUGGACCACCCCUGGGCGUCUGCAGAAACAACUUCCUGGACUCUGCUGGGAGUGUGAGUGGGCUUGGGGGCCUACCCCAGCACAGCAAUUAGCAUUUCCCUCCUGCAAAGCCAAACCACUUCAGGACCUGCCCCAGCCUGUGAAGUCUGAGACACCAAAUGCUUAUUUACCUGGGCCCUGGUGGCCUCAGAAAAAGGGAGGAGUAAGGGGAUUUAAAGGGCCCCAGCCACUCAUGGUGAGGCCCACCACAUGCCCGCCCCACCUUGUCUCCUUUGGGGAUCUGGGAUUGCAACAUCUGCUCUCUUCUGCUGAGUUAAUUAUUAAUGAGUUCUUUGUCAGCCUCUGGUGGUAGGCAGAGGAUGAGAGUUUCCUGAAAGCUUUGAGUUCAGGGAGUUGGAGAAGGGGAGAGCUCACCAGGCAGGGGAACUCAAAAUGCAGGUGCAUCAGAGGUGACCCUUCUCUGCAGGAGACUCUCUGGGGGUUUUCUUGUGUUAAAGGGAUGCUGGCUGUACUGAUCCUGACUCACCAAAUUAAGCUAAAUUUCACUGGAAUGUUUGUGGGGCCAAGACACUAACAUUUAUUAGAGUAUCAGCGAUGCAUCUAACAACAAAUUACCUAUUUGCCAAUUACACGAUUGCCCCUGGCCCGCCUGAACUUAGGCUAAAUAAGAACCUGAGGGCUCUAAAUGCCCAGUUUGAUGCACAAAAUCCUGUAUUUUUCCCUUAAGGGUUUUCAAACUAAUUUCUUGGCAUAACCAUCCUUACCUCCAAUGGUAGAGAACUUUCUAUUUAGGAGACAGUGAAGGCUGGAAUAGGUAGUUAAGAGUCUCCUUUAAAUUGCAGCUUUGAGUCAAUAGCAUUCCAAAAAUGAUGCCAGGGCAGGUUCUCUAGGGCCAAGAUAUGGACUGGGUGACCUUCCAGAUCUCCCUAAAAGUUCUCUGACCCCAACCUGGGGGAAGUGUGCUCUGAGACCAGCCCCUCUCUCUGGACCUGUUACUUCCAUUCACAGUGGCUCUAGGCCCAGGAGCCCUAUAAGGAGCCUGCCCAGGAACCCACAAUGGCAGCUGUGUUCUCAGGCCUGGCAGGCGGCCAGGGGAAGUCUGCUUUGACUCUGUUAGUCCAGCUCUGCUUCAGCCUGUCCUCCCACCACUUGUGGCCAGGUCUGUUUUCUGGCGCUCCAGGCAGGCAUUCUUGCCCAGGGAGGGAGGGGCUAGGAGACCAACCCUUCCUGCAAGUGGGGGCAGUGACUCACAGGUAGUUACCUGUCCCAGGGCUCCCUGCCAACCCUGCAGAGGGAGCUGGAGGGGAGGCAUUUCAAGUCACUCUGUUCAUUCCUCUUACACUUUCCCUGGAUGAGUUGGGUUUUGAUCCCUUCCUGAGAAACCUUGCCUUUUAAGGAUUCUCCAAAGUCCCCAUAAGCCGGGAUUUUCCACUUAUUUUUUUCCCUUGGGAGGGGGUUGGUGCUUUUUGGUGUCCUUCCUGGAUAUUUGGAACUUCUCACCCAGUGACACAUCUGGGCCUUUGAUGCUCUAUAUACAGGCCCUGAUCUUUGCAUCCUCUGUCUGGUCAUCUAUCCAGGGUGGUCUAGGACACAGAGGAAGCUGGCCUCAACUAGGGAAAGUGCCAAGUACAGUGCCUGGCACAGAUGUGAAGGCCUUUCCUUCCCCUAGGAAUUCUGAUCUCUGAUGAUCACUCACUCUGCCUGGUGCCUCCCAUAUGAGGUGCCCCCAAGGCACCCCCAGGGAGGAGGGCACUGCAGAGCUUGCUUUGAGGCCUCUGGUACAGACCCACUUGCCCAGUCCCGUCCAGGGGGGUGGGGGUGCAGUGACGAGAUGGGCGUGACGGCUGCCAGAUUCCUGAGGCCCGCCCUGAAGUGGGGCUACGCCCAGCUAGGGAGUCUCCAGAGGUGAGGCUGUUGUUUAAAAGCGGGAGCCAGAAGAGGAGACCCCCACAUUCAAGGGGAGCUCUCAGGUGAUCUGGAGAAAGGACAGCAGCAGCACAGAGCAAGGUGAGGUCCUCUCUGGGGAUCACCCUGUUGGCUAAAGAUGAGACCACUCCUUCUCCUGUGUUUCACCCUGCCUGGCCUCCUGUGUGCCCAGCAAGCCUGCUCCCGUGGGGCCUGCUAUCCACCUGCUGGGGACCUGCUCAUUGGGAGGACCCAGUUUCUCCGAGCUUCAUCCACCUGCGGACUGACCAAGCCUGAGACCUACUGCACCCACCAUGGCGAGUGGCAGAUGAAAUGCUGCAGGUGUGACUCCAGGCUGCCUCACAAUUACAACAGUCACCGAGUGGAGAAUGUGGUGUCAUCCUCAGGCCCCAUGCGCUGGUGGCAGUCACAGAAUGAUGUGAACCCUGUCUCUCUGCAGCUGGACCUGGACAGGAGAUUCCAGCUUCGGGAUAUCAUGAUGGAGUUUAAGGGGCCCGUGCCUGCUGGCAUGCUGAUCGAACGUUCCUCAGACUUCGGCAAGACCUGGCAGGUGUACCAGUACCUGGCUGCCGACUGCACCUCCACCUUCCCCAGGGUUCGCCAGGGCCAGCCUCAGAACUGGCAGGAUGCUCGGUGCCAGUCUCUGCCCCAGAGGCCAAAUGGACAUCUAAAUGGGGGGAAGGUACAACUUAACCUUAUGAAUUUAGCAUCUGGGAUUCCAGCAACUCAAAGUCAAAAAAUUCAAGAGCUGGGAGAGAUCACAAACUUGAGAGUGAACUUCACCAGGCUGGCACCCAUGCCCCAGCGGGGCUACCAUCCCCCCAGCGCCUACUAUGCAGUGUCCCAGCUACGUCUGCAGGGGAGCUGCUUCUGCCAUGGCCACGCUGACCGCUGUGCCCCCAAGCCUGGAGCCUCAGCUAGCCCCUCCACUGCUGUGCAGGUGCACGAUGUCUGCGUCUGCCAGCACAACACAGCCGGCCCCAACUGUGAGCGCUGUGCACCCUUCUACAACAACCGGCCCUGGAGACCUGCGGAGGCCCAGGACCCCCAUGAAUGUCAAAGGUGCGACUGCAAUGGGCACUCAGAGACAUGUCACUUCGACCCAGCUGUGUUUGCUGCCAGCCAGGGGGCACAUGGUGGUGUAUGUGACAACUGCCAAGACCACACGGAAGGCAGGAACUGUGAGCGGUGUCAGCUGCACUAUUUCCGGAACCGGCGCCCCGGGGCCCCCAUUGAGGAGACCUGUAUCCCCUGCGAGUGUGAUCCGGAUGGGGCAGUGCCAGGGGCUCCUUGCGACCCAGUGACUGGGAAGUGUGUGUGCAAGGAGCAUGUUCAGGGAGAGCGCUGUGACCUCUGCAAACCGGGCUUCACGGGACUCACCAACGCCAACCCACAGGGCUGCCACCGCUGUGACUGCAGCCUCCUGGGGGCCGGUCAGGACAUGCCUUGUGAUGAGGAGACUGGACGCUGCCUGUGCCUGCCUAACGUGGUGGGCCCCAAAUGUGACCAGUGUGCUCCCUACCACUGGAAGCUGGCCAGCGGCCUGGGCUGCCAACCAUGUGCCUGUGACCCACACAACUCCCUUAGCCCCCAGUGCAACCAGUUCACAGGGCAAUGCCCCUGUCGGGAAGGGUUUGGUGGACUGACAUGCAAUGCUGCAGCCAUCCGCCAGUGUCCAGACGGGACUCAUGGAGAUGCGGCCACGGGCUGCCGAGCAUGUGACUGUGACUUCCGGGGAACAGAGGGCCAGGGCUGUGACAAAGCCUCUGGCCGCUGCCUCUGCCGCCCUGGCUUGACUGGGCCCCGCUGUGACCAGUGCCAGCGAGGCUAUUGCAAUCGCUACCCAGUGUGUGUGGCCUGCCACCCUUGCUUCCAGACCUACGAUGCGGACCUCCGGGAGCAGGCCCUGCGCUUGGGCAACCUCCGCAAUGCCACUGCCAGCCUGUGGUCAGGGCCGGGUCUGGAGGACCAUGGCCUGGCCUCCCGGAUCCAAGACACAAAGAGCAAGGUCGAGCAGAUCCGAGCAAUUCUCAGCAGUGCCUCGGUCACAGAGCAGGAGGUGGCCCAGGUAGCCAAUGACAUUUCCUCCAUCAGGCGAACUCUCCAUGGCCUGCAGCCGGACCUGCCUCUAGAGGAGGAGGUGUUGUCCCUCCCAGGAGACCUGGAGAAUCUGGACAGAAGCUUCAAUCACCUCCUGGUUAUGUAUCAGAGCAAGAGGCAGCAGUUUGAAAAAUUCAGCAGUGCCGAUCCUUCAGGAGCCUUCCGGCUGCUGACCACAGGCUAUGAGCGGUCAUCCCAGGCUGCUCAGCAGGUCUCCGACAGCUCCCGCUUGCUGCGCCAGCUCAGGGACAGCCGGAAGGAGGCAGAGAGGCUGAAGGUACAGGCAGGAGGAGGAGGCGCUGGAGGCCCCCAGCUCGUUGCACUGAGGCUAGAGAUGGCUUCUCUACCCGACCUGACACCCACCAUCAACAAGCUCUGCGGUGGCUCUAGGCAGAAGGCCUGCACCCCAGGAGCAUGCCCUGGUGAGCUGUGUCCCCGAGAUAAUGGCACGGCCUGCGGCUCCCACUGCAGGGGUGCCUUUCCCAGGGCUGGUGGGGCCUUCCGGAUGGCGGGGCAGGUGGCCAAGCAGCUGCAGGGCUUUGAUGCCCAGCUCCAGCAGACCAGGCAAAUGAUCAGGGCAGCCGAGGAAGCCGCUGCACAGGUCCAGUCAGAUGCCCAGCGCCUGGAGACCCAGGUGAGCACCAGUCGCUCCCAGAUGGAAGAAGACGUCCGCCGCAUGCGGCUCCUCAUCCAGCAGGUCCGGGACUUCCUCGCAGAUCCCGACACCGAUGCAGCCACCAUCCAGGAGGUCAGUGAGGCCGUGCUGGCCCUGUGGCUACCCACAGACUCAGCAACAGUCCUGCGGAAAAUGAACGAGAUCCAGGCCAUCGCAGCCAAGCUCCCCAACGUGGACCUGGUGCUAUCCCAGACCAAGCAGGACAUUGCCCGGGCCCGUAGGCUCCAGGCUGAGGCUGAGCAGGCCAGGAGCCGAGCCCACACGGUGGAGGGCCAGGUGGAGGAUGUAAUCGGGAACCUGCGGCAGGGCACGGUGGCACUGCAGGAGGCUCAGGACACCUUGCAAGGCACCAGCCGCUCCCUUCAGCUUAUCCAAGACAGGGUUGCUGAGGUUCAGCAGGUACUGGGGCCAGCGGAAAGGCUGGUGACAGGCAUGAUGGAACAGCUGGGUGACUUCUGGGCACGGAUGGGGGAGCUCCGCCGCCAGGCCCAGCAGCAGAGGGCACAGGCCAUCCAAGCCCAGGAGCUUGCAGACAGGACCAGUGAGCGUGCGCUGAAUGCACAGGAGGGAUUUGAGAGGAUAAAGCAAAAAUAUGCUGAGUUGAAGGACCGGUUGGGUCGGAGUCCCAUUCUGGGUGAGCAGGGCAGCCGAAUCCUGAGUGUCAAAACAGAGGCAGAAGAGCUGUUUGGGGAGACCAUGGAGAUGAUGGACAGGAUGAAAGAUAUGGAGUCAGAGCUGCUGCGGGGCAGUCAGGCCAUCAUGCUGCGCUCCGCAGACCUGACGGGGCUGGAGAAGCGUGUGGAGCAGAUCCGAGACCACAUCAACGAACGUGUGCUCUACUAUGCCACCUGCAAGUGAGGCUCCAGGCCCAUUCCUGGCCCCACUCACCUGCCCCCUUUGCUUUUAGGGGGUAGGUUGGGUUGGAAUGCUUUCCAGCUCCAGGAGACUUUGCUGCUGCCUGAGGCACAGCCUGGACCACCCCCGGUGUGCGGCUGCCAAGGUCACCCUGUGCUUCUGCUGAGCCUGAGCAGCUGGGACAACUACAUGUGAAGGACAGAAGUGGUGGAGGUGGACAUGUAACCGUGACUAGGAGCUCUCCAGGCGAGGGAGCUGGGCCGGGCAGUGUCCUUGUCCUUUGUUCUCUGUUAUAGCCGAAUCCUAGACCAACACAAACACUUAACUAAAAAUAAUGUAAAAAUGAAAAGCCCAAUAAAAACCUUUGGAAAGAAGCCCGGAGGUUCAAAGAGG